AUGUUUUUAACACGUAGUGAAUAUGAUCGUGGUGUUAGCACUUUUUCUCCAGAAGGUAGACUUUUUCAAGUUGAAUAUUCUUUAGAAGCUAUUAAAUUGGGUUCAACUGCAAUUGGAAUUACCACUAGUGAGGGUAUAGUUUUAGGUGUUGAAAAAAGGGUUACAUCCCCAUUAUUGGAAAGUUCCAGUAUUGAAAAGAUAAUGGAGGUUGAUAGACAUAUUGGUUGCGCCAUGAGUGGGCUAACAGCAGAUGCUCGUUCAAUGAUUGAGCACGCAAGAGUAAGCGCUGUAACUCAUAAUUUAUACUAUGAUGAAGAUAUACCUGUCGAAUCACUAACGCAGUCUGUUUGUGAUCUAGCAUUACGAUUUGGUGAAGGUGCUUCUGGUGAGGAAAGGUUAAUGAGUAGGCCAUUUGGCGUUGCUUUAUUAAUUGCAGGAUUUGAUAAAGAUGCUGGGUAUCAAUUGUAUCACGCUGAACCCUCUGGUACUUUCUACCGUUACAAUGCCAAAGCUAUAGGGUCUGGUAAUGAAGGUGCUCAAUCAGAAUUGCAAAAUGAAUAUCACUCAUCUUUGACUUUGAAAGAAGCUGAAGUCUUGGUUUUGAAAAUUUUAAAACAAGUUAUGGAGGAAAAAUUAGAUGAACAUAAUACUCAAUUAAGUUCUGUCACAAAAGAAAAUGGGUUCAGGGUUUACACUGACGAGGAAACUAAAAAAGUUAUUGAGGUUUUAAAAGAACAAGAGCAACAACAAGAGCAAGAAAGAAACGACAAUGAAGGAGAUGUUGAGAUGAACUAG